CUCAAGUUCCCCUUGCAAAUCUGGCAGUGCUCGCAGUGCGCAAAAGUCCGGACACACAAGUUUCCGGACGCCGCGCUUUGCGCUGAGAACUGCUUUGAGCUGUAAUGCUGGCUUUACCAGCCGUAGUUCUUAUCUUUUCCGCUGCCUUCGUGAUUUCCGAUGCUGCCAAGAUACAAAGCAUUUAUCCGGCACGUGGAUCGACCGAAGGUGGAACCUUCUUGGUGAUCUCAGGUUCAGGCUUUAUGAUGCCUGUGGAGGCGAAUCCUUGGGAUUCACAAGUCGUGUACGUUGGCUCUAAAAUUUGCAACAUCCACGCGCAUUACACUUCAUCAACACAGAUUGUUUGUCAGACAACUCCACAUGACGUAGUAGCUGAAAGCUCUGAGUCACUCACUGUCAGUGUACAGAUGUUUGGCGGCCUGGGCUUGGCCGGCUAUGUUUCAAAAAGCAGUGCGUUUCAGUACCACUGGUACGACACACCAUUGUUCUACUGGUCUGAUGGAUGGGCCGGUACUGGAGGAGACAUCGUGGCAUUUCAAGGAGAUGUAUAUCCUGGUGCCAGUGUGACCGGACAGUUUGACAUCCGCAUUGGUGGUGCUCGAUGCAUUACAAACCAAGAGACCAUGCCCCUGAGCUCGCGGCGACGUGGCUCUUUGAAGCAAGUCCGCUGCCAACUUCCGGAUGAUGAGUUGCUACCAUCUGGCCACUACAACGUCACCGUUGCAGUGGGUAGCUUGGAUCGUGAAGAUGGAGACUGCCCCAAUGCCUUGUGCUUUCCAUACACGGAAGAGCAGGCGGGCACUCGGUAUGGCUAUGGCAUGGCUGCCAUCGUUCCACCCGUGACGCAUGAUUCCAUUGGAAAAUUGAAGAGGGUGUGGGGUGGAAAUAUGGAUCUGGAGACUGGACAGUUGUACCACUACACGAUUUACCCCCAGGUGACCUCCAUCGAGCCAACGGAGGGUGGAUGGUAUGGUGGCAACAACCUGACGCUUCAUGGAACUUCGUUUGCUGUGGAGUUGUACGCCAAUGCCGUCACAGUGGGCGGCCAACCCUGUGAAGUGCUUGAGGCUUCAUUGAACAAGCUCGUGUGUCGAGUGGGGAGCUGGCAGGGUGCCGCUCGCAAAGGCCAUUCCAUGCGCGGGCUGAGGAACGCCGGAUACUCCAGCCGGCGACGAUUGUCCUACGGCAUUUCGUCCGUGCCUGCUGAAGAGGCUCGAGAGUUGUUGUACCAGAACUUUUACAAGGGCAGCUUGGAUGCCUUGGACUCGGAGUUUCCCGGCGAUAUGGAUACCUUGGGUGACCACCGGAUGCGGGAACUCACCGGCUAUUUCGUGCCUCCGUUGACUGCCAGCUAUUCGUUCUACAUCUGUGGGGAUGACCAGAGCUCCAUCGAGAUCGGGAGCACACAAGGUGCACCCAAUGAAACGCUUCAGAUCAUGGCCAGCCACGACACCUGGGUGACCAGCGGGGAGUACGCUCAUACGAACCCCCAUUGCUGGUACUAUCGUGAAGACCUUCAAAGCCUACCUGAUUUAUCAGGACCCACCAAGAAGGUCUCCGAACCCCUUUUCCUGCAAGCAGGGAUGCGAUAUCCCUUCCGCUUGAGGAACAUCGGCUACGGAGGAUGGAAUUGGUUCCGGACUGGCAUCAAGGUGGCUGGACUCAACUCGGCUGUGACGGCAGAGGGAAGCACACUGUCCUCAAACCAGGUGCAACAUAUGACGGCGGUGUUCCCCUCCAUGGAAGUUCAGGCCAUUCGUCUUCGGGCAGAUGGAGUCCUUCGAGAGAAGCAUUACAUCGAGAUCGCGGAUGUCACGCAGCCGGGUAGCUUCCGGAUCCGUAUGACUGCGCAAAGGGGCCAGGAAGCUAGCAUGUCCUUCUCCAAUGCCGUGGAUCCAGGAACCAUCAGGGACGGUGUUCAAGAUGCCAAUGUCAUCAUAGCUGGUGAGGAGCCUUACAGGCUCCAUGCUUGCCGAAGCGUGAGCGUUGAGACCACCGAGACUGGUACUGCACGCCGCUUCACACUCACUUUCAAUUGCCCUUUGGAGGUUGACACCACCAAGUGGCUUUCGAUUGAGAUCGUCAGUGCCGGAAUGGGUGCGGCAACGGCUGGUUUGCUGCAACAGGCCAGUGCGCCCUUGUCUGGCACCUUCAUUGUGGGCCACACGGGCACUUGGAGUGCUCCAAUUGAGGCGCGGCAAUCGACCACCAGCUGGACCUAUUUGACCGAGCAGAUUUCCAGCCUCAGGCGAACCGUCGAUGCGGAUGGUCAAUUGGAGUUGGAGUGCUGGAGGCAUCCAGAUGGAUGGGCCAACGGCGAGGCGUUCCAGGUGCUCGUGCGCUUCCGCCGGCCCCUGGGAGACGUGGCCUUGCUGGAAGUCAACGGCACAGACACGAUGAUGGGCACCGGCUUCACCCUGGAGGUCUACCCGGUGGAGGAUGGGGAUUCCAAUGCCAUCUUCCUGGAACGGGUGCCUGCAGAUCUCUUUGAGGUGCCAGAUCCAAGUGAUGCAGAUGUUCAGCCCGUCCGCGUGGUGUCAAAUGGAGUCGUUGGUGGAAUAGGCGGCAGCAACGUUUUAGGUUACAAGUACUCCAUCAGCAUGGUCCCCGUUCUUCUCAGCGCCACGCCCACCGUCGUGGAUGCGAAUGGCACGGUGACCUUGGUGGUAAGCAACAUCACAGCCUAUGAUGCGAACAACGCAAAUUGGACACAGGACCUUCAAGUUGUGCUCGGCGAUGGCGCUGGAUUUUGUCAGGACUUCCAAGAAGUCUCGGCACAUGCCACUGGCAUCACGAUCACUUGCAUGCUGGCAAAUGUUCCAGCGGGCGAGUACUAUGUGCACCUGGUGUCCAUCACUCAGGGCCAAGCUGAUCCAUCUCAGGCUCCAUUGAUUACCGUGGAUGCCGUGGUGGACGCAGUCACUCCAGACAUGGGCUCUUUAGCUGGUGGCAGCGUCUUGGCGCUCUUUGGUGUGGGUCUGCGGGGGCUGAACUGUUCAAAUGUGCUUGUCGCGGGUGUCGCCUGCACAGAACCUGCAGCCAGCAGGAUUGAGGUCAUGAGCAGUGGGAGCUUGGUGUGCCUUACUCCGCCCAUGGAUGGCUUUAAUCCUGACGAUCAGAACAACUGGCCUUCAACCACGCCAGCUGAGAUCACUCUCACAAAGCCAGCAGAUCGUGCAUCUGUCGUACGAGCAACCUUCACGUAUGCAUCCAGCUACACACCCUUGUUGGAAAUGCUUUCUCCAUCCUUCUACUCAUCUGCCCUAAGCACCACCAUUUUGAUCAACGGAAGUGGCCUGGCCUCUGCCAGUGGCGAGACGGCACUUCCCAUCGUUCAGUUUGGCGAGCGCAUGGGCUCUGUGACGUCCCAGGAGGAUUGGUCCCUGCACGUCUUCCUCCAGCGAGCAGCACCCACGCCGCCACUGGAGGCGGUCACCGUGCCUUUGGCCUGGAUCCCGGGCAAAGGCUUCGCGGCGGUGCUGCAGUCGGUGACCUUCGAGUCGCGCUUCGAGGUGACCGAGGUGUUGCCCGCGAUCGCCUCGAAGGCAGGUGGCGUGGUGGUGUUCCUCACUGGGGCUGGAUUUCACCCCUGGUCCGCUGCCAAACACCUUAUCAACUUUGAGCUCGAGGAUGGCACGAGCCGCCCCUGCGAGGUGAUGAAUGGCAAUGAGACUCACUUGAGUUGUCGUCUCAAAGGUGGUGCGAAGCCCGAGAAGUUGCCCGAGACCCUCUAUGGCGACGACACCUUCAUGCGUCGUCUGUCCGGCGACGCUUCCGGCCCGCCCACGGCGUCCACGGCGUCGAAGCCUCAGCUUCGCUGCCAUGCUGGAGCGGAUGACCAUUCGAAGGUGCGCUGCUUCGCCCAAGCGAUGGCCCGCGCCGGCAGCCUCCGGUCGCUGCCCUCGGACACCGCCGGAGGGCGGACGGGCGAGAUGCUGGAGUGGAUUCGACGCGCCGAACUGGAAGGUGGCGGCAAACCAAUGGUGGAUGUGGUGUAUGACAUUGACGACACGACGGAGGAUGCGCCAGUUCUUGGCCCUGAAACACAAGAUGGUGAGCCGGCGAGGCGCUUGCAGGAGGAGGAUGUGACGGAUGCGGAGACGGGCUUGGCUGGUCUUCCACGCUGGGGUGUGGCCAGUGACGAGGCGGAGGACUUCCGCUUGAUGCACAUGCGGACAAAGCACUUCCAUGGCAAGGAGUUCAAGCGGAGCUCGGAGCCGAGCUCCGUGCUCCUCCAGGAGCCCGGCUGGACAGAGGUGGAGGACUUCGGCGCGGAGGAUGAUUCCGAUGGACACAGCUUGGGUCGAAGCUUGGCGUAUGACAACAGCAGCGACAGCAGUGAAAUUGGGCCUCCCGAGAUCCUCACUUUGGCUCUGAGUCUGAACGGCGUGGUGCCCACGUGUCGAGCCCUGGAGGGUUGUGGAUUGAAUUUAACCGAUGCCGCCACGCCGGUGGUGAAGCGGGUGACUCCCAGGAACGGCUCAUACGCUGAUGGCAUCAAUGUGGUGAUCACACUUUCAAUGAUGGACAAGCCGGAGCAAGUGCAGAUCUUUUUUGGACCCUUCGAGUGUCCCAACCCCGUGGUGUCCCAAUCCGGAGGCGAUUGGACCAUCACCGUGCCACUCUGCUCCUUUGAGGCCUCCAAGACGCCCGUCUAUGUCUUGACGAGUAGCGGCUAUGCAGUUGGGGCGUCUCCGAUCACCGGCGCUGGCUUUUACUUUGAACAGCUCUUGAGGCUGUCCAGCAUCGUGGCCAGCAGUGGCUCGUUCUAUGGAGGCACUUUGGUGGCCAUUCGCGGUGCCGGCUUGGGCCCUAGCCUCGGCAUGAACUAUGCCACGGUGGGCGGGACACCAUGUGAAGUGGCCAGUGCCUCCAAUGAUGAGGUUCAGUGCUACACCCCUGCAGCACCCUCAGAAUUGGCCAAUGCCAAUGAAUCCACCCGCACUUUGGAGGUCAAAGUUCAUGUGAUGUCCGCCGAGGUCGCGACCAAAGCGGGCUUGGUGGCCGAGUAUUUCUUCUUCACCCAAGGAAGGACUUUGCCGAACCUGGAUUCGCGCGUUCCAGAUUUGCGCCGGAUCGAGGCGAAUGUGGACUACCCAGCCACCUCGAGUGCAUGGCACAACGGCAUGUCGGUGGUCGACAACUUUGCCGUGAGGUGGACAGGCUAUGUGACCGUCACCAGCAGCGGUAGCUAUACCUUCUUUUUGGGCUCCGAUGACGGGAGCAAACUUUAUCUCAAUGGUGCCAUGGUCAUUGACAAUGACGGAGCUCAUGGCUUCGAAACUCGAACAAGCUUACCUCUCCAGCUAUCCCCGGGGCCACAUCGGCUGACCCUCCUCUUCUACGAAGGCGUUGGAUCCAGUGGUGUUCGACUGCAGUACCGUGGCCCAGAUACGGGUGGUUCCGUCAUCACGGUGCCAAGCUCUGUUCUGUCUCAUGGAGAGUACGCCGAGGUGCCCACUCUUUCCUACACCUACAAUGAGCCAUCUGCGUCUCCGACGAUUGAGAACUUGACGGAGACGGGACGCGAACUGGAGCUCUUGGGGACGUUGUUUGGUUCCUCGGGGAUGGUGACACUCGGCACCGCCAGCAAUCCCAACACCAACUUCCACUGUGUGGCCUCCAUCUGGACGGAUACUCGAAUCGUGUGCGAGCGGCCCGAUCUUCCUUCCGGGGCAUGGCAAGUGCGCGUGUACUCGGACACUGAUGGCUGGUCGAAUCCAGCUCCUGUGCUCAUUUGGGUAGACUUGACCAUCUCUUCUGUGGAGUCUAAUGGCAUCAAUGUCUCAGCAACGCGCACGGAGCACCCUUGGAUCUUGGUGAUGAAACUCUCCCAAGGAGGGGUUCUGGGCUACAACUCGCAGCUGUGGACCAACACGGACUUGCUGAACCCGGAGUCUCCCGAGGAUCGUCCCGACAAUGCCAAGUACCAGGCCUAUUUGGAUGUGCCAUUUCGAAGGCUUCGUGCUUGUGUUGGAAGUUCUCAUGGGCAAUGCAUCUAUCACAGCUUUGAGAGUCCUUGGAGCAGCGCUUUGGCUCUCUUCUCUGCAGGCUAUGUGAGGGACACGUCCGUUGAUCAGGCUGGAAUGGUCCAAGCAUUUGGGGCCACACCCGGGUCUUAUCGGACCUGUCCAAUGAUGAAACCAGGCUUCAACCUGGAAUGCGCCGCGAACAACCGUGCUCGCUGGGGCUUUUGCGCCAAUUGCCCUAGCCAGCGGUGCCAUGAGGAGGGUGAGGAUGCGGAUGCUGCGGUGGGCAUUGGUUUGACCGGACAAUCCUCCGACCCGGUUGGAGCUGGUUGGACCUCCUACUUCGCCAGUGGCGGUGGGACCUGCGAAGCCUCGAGCACCACUCACCGAGAUGUCUGGCUUUGGGUGGAGAACAUGAACAUCACCGACGGAGGUGUGGAAGGCUCGCUCUACAGUGGCUACGGUGGAGGGGUGACCGUGGCGCUCCAGGGCGCCGGCUUCGGCUUCGAGGCCUCGCAGACGCGGGUCACCGUGUGUGGAGAGCCUUGCGAGGUGUCCACGAGCGACGGAAGCAGCGUCAAGUGUACAGCACCUUCAAUGACAGAUCAGGAGCUCAUUGAUACCUUUCCAGAGUCCUUCCCAUCGAUUGAUCUGGCCACAGUGGCCUCGAAAUUUUACACCGAUCGCGGGGAGUUUGAAUCACAACUCUCUGAACUGGCCUUCACGUCCUCCAUCGACCAGCAAAUCGAUAUGUCAAUGGGUCUUGGAACAAGAAGCAGCGACUGCUGGUUUGGCUUUGAGCUUCCCCCAAGCAAGGAAGCAUUCUUGACGGCCGUGGACUUUUUUCCCCCGACGGAUCCUAAUCGGCGAGCCAAGGUGGCCGAGACCGUCUUCGAGGUCCGGAGCUUCUCGGGGAAUUUGACGUGGACGGAGGUCGCCAGCGUGCGCGACACCACGAUCACGGGGUCCACCAUUGCGCAAGGUUGGACCUCCUUCCCAAUCGUGGGCGUUGGGCCCAAUGGAAGCGCUGUUGCGCAAGCCUUUCGCGUCCGAAUUUUACCGGAUGCGUGCCGAUCCUCAGGGGAGAUCAUGCGCGGCGUGCGGUUCAGAGGCAUUUUGCUGAACAAGGGGAACACCAAUGCUUGCCCCAUUGAGGUCGACAGCGUUUCACACCCGUUGGCUUCUGCCAUUGGUGGCUCAGCCUUGCUGCCGGUCGUGUUGUCCUACAGCGUCGAGCGGACGCCGGUGGUGGCAUACCUGACGCCCAACCGGGGCACGGCACGGGGAGACACCUUGGUGACACUGCUGGGACAGGGGCUGGAACCCUUGGACUCACAAGGAAGUGCCACGAGUGUGUCGAGUGACAAUGCGCAAAUCACCUUCAACCAGUAUCCUUGUCGUCCGGACAGUGCCAACAGCACGGCUUUGAGCUGCUACACCACGGAACGCAAUGCGGGCAUUUUCGCUCCUUUCACGCAGGUCUUCCUUGGGGGUAGGGGUUAUGCGAUCAUCUCCCUGGCAGCAGAAGACACCGUGUUUAGGUACGUGGACAAGUGGAGUAACAUCUACAGUUGGCAAGAUUCCGAACCGCCUGUGGAUGGCGAUUCAGUGGUGGUUCCUGAGGGCCAAGCGAUCAUGCUCGAUGUGGACUCGCCCAAGCUCUUCUUGCUCCUAAUCUCUGGCUACUUCGAAUUUGACCGGAAGGAUUUGCAAUUGGACUCCACCUACAUCUGGAUCGCUGGUGGAAACUUUUAUGUGGGCUCCGAGGCGGCUCCGUUCUUGCAUCAGGCGACCAUCACCUUGCAUGGUGACCGUUGGCACACCAUCGAGCUGCCAGUGAUUGGCUCCAAGAUGUUAGCCGUGACAGACCUGGGAGGACUAGGUACCUGUGCCCAUCUGUAUGACCGGAAUGUGCGGCUCUCUCAGACUGGAAAGCACUACGUGGACCCCUGCCCGGUGAAGCUGGUGGGUCGCCUGGAGCUCCAUGGGCGCCCGGGCAUCAGUUGGACGCGCCUGGUGGAGACCGCGCCGGCCGGAGCGGACCUCUUGAAGCUCGAGGAGGCCGUGGACUGGGAGAUCGGCACCGAGGUGGUCAUCACGCCCUCCGAGCGCCACGCUGAAGAGGUCCGUAAGGUGCUGAGCCUUGAGGACAACGGCUUCACGCUCCGUUUGGACGAGCCUUUGAGGCAUGAGCACCUGGGCACUUGGUACUACAAUGAUGAGAUUCCAACCCCCACGGACCUUCGUGCAGCUGUUGGAAGGCUCAAUCGCAACGUCAAGGUGCAAGGUGAUGAGAAGUCACUCUCCGCCGGAAACUCCUUUAUGUUUGGCGUUCACAUCGGCGCCUUCCACGGCGGCAUCAUGCGGAUUGAGAACACAGAGAUCACUCGCAGCGGUCAGGCCGCCAAUUUUGGCCGCUAUUCCUCGCAUUGGCACGUGCUCUCACCACAUCGAACCGUGGAUGUGGCUGAUGUUGCCUUCCUUCGGAACAACAGCUAUCACGAUACCUUCCAGCGUGCUGUGGUGGUGCAUUCCACAGACUUCGCCGUGGUGCGAGACAACGUGGCCCUGAAAACCAAAGGCCAUUCCUUCUUCACGGAGGCGGGCGAUGAAGUCUUCACGCUCUACGAGCACAAUCUGGCCGUCCAUCCACUUCAGCAUCCGUUGCUCUUGGAUGACGACAUGGACCCGGCAGGGUUUUGGAUGCCGGGCUUCAUGGGAUGGCACCGUUCGAACUUGGCUGCGAACUGCCACCGGGGAUGGCGGGUGCGCAAGAUCAGUGGCCCCGCAGGUGCUCAGACGGAUCUGACGUUCUUCAACAACUCGGCACAUGCCUCCGGCUUUGGAUGGCAUUUGAAGCCACCUCAUGCACCACCGACCCUGAACACCUUCAACAAGUUCACCGCCUUCCGCUGCAGCACUGGCAUGUUCUACUACGGCACGGGCAACAUCUUUCACGAUGAUCAUCGCUUCAUCGAAUGCGGCACGGGGCAUUUCAUGAACCAUUUGUCCAAUGGCUUGCACACGGCGCCCUUCUAUCACAACCUGGUCUUGGUGGGAAACAUGGAUCCGGAGGCCACCAGCUCGCGCAUGGGCCGCGGAGUCCGGUCGGCCAAGGACAACGAGUACUUCUACAUCUCGGGGGCCACGGUGAUCAACUUGCACGACUCGGCGGCCUUUGAAGGAUGCUUUGAGACCACGUGUACCAUGAGAUAUGAACGGGUGAGAUGGUUCAACUCCAGUCGUCGAACGUUCAGCUCCAGUGGCAAGAUGGCGGGCAUCUUCUGGGAUAUGGAUGGUACUUUGACCGGAUAUCCCAAUGGCUUUGUCUCCAAGUUCUACGACUUCAACACCUUCCCCCAGUGUCAAGUGGUGCCAGAGCACGUGAACGGCAUCGUGUGCGGAGCCAGUGACGGAUCAGUACGAGUGCGGCGCCUGAAGGUGGAUGGGCAGGAGCCCUGGCAAUUAGAUGGGAAGAGGAUGAAUGUAAGGACGGAUGUGGGCUUCGACCAGGUCGAAUAUGACUUCUUUAAGGUGAGAGGAUGGGCCAUUCCAAUGCUGGAAAAUGAAACUUAUGACAUCAAGGUAGAUGAUCCCAAUGACUUUCAGAAGAUCCAGCUGCAGUAUUCUGAGAGGAAUUAUGUGAUGGAGGAGCAUGGAUAUCUCUACACCAAAAUCCAUCCGAAGUCGGAGGAUAUCCUACUGCACCUGAACUAUACUGAUUGGCGGGAUCACUUUGAUGCGACUCAAGGGGAGCGGUUGAGCCGACUGCCCAACAGCGAUGAUCCCUUCGGAUCCUUCUCCAUGAUCCUGCGGCAAGACCAGUGUGACGAGUUCAAUUUGACGGAUUCGGCCGCAGAGAAAUGUGGUGUGUAUGUGAAUGACACCGGGCUUGAGCUCAAGGCACUGAUUGACGAGCAGCCGGAAAACCCCAUGGUAAAUGGGCGUUUGACAACAACGCUGACGAUGAAGGUGGUUGGUGACAAUGUGAGCGGCUAUCAAGCAGGUCCGGGCACGCCGGGCGGUUCAUUCAGGCAGCAGUUUACGCCACGGGAGUGCCCUAAGAGCGGCUGUCCACAGCCACAGAAGGGAGCUGACGGAUACUUGCCGCAGCGGCGUUGGUCCGACGCAGCUGGAUGGCCGGAUGGAAAGCUGCCGGGCGAAAUGGACAACGUUGUCUUGCCUCCAGAGGACAAUGUACUUCUCGACAUUGUGACUCCCAAGCUGCAUUGGCUUGACAUCCAGGGGAAGCUUGAGUUUGAUCGUGCACUGAACUGCACACUCAACGCCCACUCGGUGAAGGUCUGGGGCAGGUUGCAUAUGGGAACGACUGAGAAUCCCAUGCCACCGAAUGUCAAGGCAGAAAUCGUCCUCUGGGGCAGUGAGCAGUCCAUCACGGUGAUCAUGGUGGAGGGCCUUUUCCUCGUGAACAAGGUGAUCUCGGUGCUGGGCGAGUUCUCGGCGGUUGGAACACCCCGGACCAGCCAGGCAUGGACCAAACUCUCGCAGACGGCGGCCAUAGGCUCCACGCAGCUGGUGCUCAUGGGCAACCUCGCUGACUGGGGUCCCGGAUCGCAGGUGGCGAUCUCGGCCACGGAGUACCCCUCGCCUCCUCAAACCACGGAGACAGAGGUGCGGAGAAUCACUGGGAUGCCGGUCUAUGACGCGAAUAGUGACACCACCACCAUCACGCUGGAUUCGGCCUUGACCCAUCGUCAUUUUGCUGGAGUCGUGGACAGCAGUGCGGAGAACACGCAUUGGCCCCGACCCUUCCUGGCUGCGGCCGUGGCCUUGCUGGAUGGUCGCUCCAAUGUGGUCUUAAAGACUGGAGAGGACUGGGAGGAGCAUGGAGGCGAAGUGGUGAUUGGUGGCUCUUCCGACGGCAAUUGGGAAGGCAUUGCAACGAUCAGCAACGUGGACUUCAUACGCAUGGGGAAGUUCUGGUAUCAAGCUCCGGCUUUGAAGUUCAACUUCCUCGGGGGCCAGAAGAACAUGUCGCGUGUGGAGAACUGCGUCUUCAGCUACUCGCAGUCGGGCGCCAUUGAGGCGAACUACGUCUCUCACUUGGAGCUCGUUGACAACGUGUUCCACAGGACCACUCGUACAGCAGUCUGGAUCAGAGGGACCAGUAGCCAUGAUGCCGUGGUGCUCCGGAGGAACAUUGCGAUUGAGACCCUGCGACACCCCAAUGAGAACACAGAAUGGAUCCGGCACUUUGGGUCUUUCUACUUGGAGGUCAGACCAGCGGAGCUCUAUGGAAAUGUCGCUGCAGGAUCCUGUGACACUGGAUUCAUCCUCCGGCCCCAAAUGAAAGCUUGCCAAAAAGGCGAUCUCGGCCUGGCCCGGCUGCAACAGGAGGAGCUGAACGAAGCGGUGGCGACCAUGACUGGUGUCUUUAUCUUGGACGCAUGCCAGGAUGAUUGUGAUCAAUGCGCACAAGUUCACGGCCUCGUUGCCUGGAAGUCCGCCCAUGGAGGCAUCAUGUCAGGGGACCAGAAUGCCAAUGUGAGGCUUGAUACCAUCCUGCUGGCAGACAACCACAUAGGAAUGGCCUUGCGCUUUGUGCGUGCCACCACCGACAUGAACCAUCGAACCUACUCCUACAACAUCUCGGUCUUUGGAUCGACUGCAGCAUCCACAUGUGAUGCCUCGACAGAGUGCCGUGCCUAUGGCGAAACGGAUGCGGUCGGCGUGGCUUGCAAUUCCGUGGUUGGGGACUACUAUCGCCGGGUGGGCAUCAUGACCCACAUGAUCAACAACAUCCCGAAGUUCUGCGAAGCUGAAGGGAUCACGCCCUGCCGACCGCCAACGACGCCCAUCAAGAUGUGUGUCAUGCCGUGGGAGGAGCGUAUGGGUUCUGCUGGCUCGCGCUAUUCGGAGUCGCACUGGGAUGGUGUCACGUUUGGACAUUGGUCCUCUUCAGACUGUGGCAAGCCCUCAGUGGCCUUUACGUACAACCCCACCAACAUCGACAUUGCGUAUCCGCAAUUCUUCACGGGUGUGAAAUGGCUGCCUUCAGUGGAGGCGGGAGCGCGGGUCUACCUGGGCGAGUCCGGAAUCACGCACAAUUCGGUCGUGGCGACCGGUGAGUUCGACGGAGUGAACCAGCUCGUUCUGACGGAUGUGGAUGGCAGCCUUCUAGGUUCUACACCUGAUGCAUCGCUCGUGACCGUCUACAAUCCGGCGCUGGCCAUCCAGACCUGCACGGAGGUGGGCUCCUCCUACUUUCAAUGCCCCGAGCUGCAGCUCCGAUAUCUCACCUGGGAGGCAGUGGGAGGCCCUGAGAAUCGAGUGCUCAGCAAGUUCAAGGCUUGGAGGGCCUCCGAUGACCGUGACACGUGGUCAACAGGUCCACAGGAGGAGAAGACAUGCCUGCCAGUCGGAGCUGAGCACGAUAGGAGCUGGAAGCUUCGUCCAAAUGAUAUGUACAAUCUCACCAUGUUCACAUCACCACCCAAGCAUCACCGCCUCUUCUGGUUCAACGACAAUCCGGAUGAGACGAUUCGCCUGGACAUCUUCCUGACCCAACCCUUUCGAUUAGAGGUCUAUGUGGAUGGCAGCCUCAUGUCGGAAGACCUGUAUGACACGGCCAAGAAAUCCCCCGCGCGGCUACCGGAACUCACCGACCCUCAUGGCUCCUAUGCUUUCGACCCACAAGCGCGCCGCUUCUACUUGGUGAUGCAAGGAGGCUUCUUCGAUGGACGUGCCGCCAGCGUCGGUGGGGGAUUUAUCUUGCUGAGAUUAUUGCAGGUCGUGCAGGUUACAAUGACCGUGUCCAUGCCCUUAGCAGAUUUUGAUUCGGUCGAGCAAGACAAGUUUGUGAGCAACGUCGCUGCGCUGUUGGCCAUUGACCCAGCUCGAAUCAAGAUUGUGCAGGUGCAAUCGAAGGCACAAGUGGCAGCACAAGGUGGUCGCCUCCUGGAGGCUCUUGAGAUGCUACAGGCCACCCUGCAAGAACGCCUGCUGCAGGGCGAAGAGCUGUCGGUCAUCUUCCAAAUUGUCGAGGAGAACCCAGAACCUGUGCCAGGGGAGGCAUUCGCCGAUUCGGGCGUUCCGCCUCCCGCAGGACAGACGUGGGAUGCAAUUGUCCCCACAGCCGCUCCUGGCAGCCCAACCACUGGAAGUGGAAGCUUCGAAUUCAGUGGAGCAGCGAUCACCGAGCUGGCCGCGCUGGUUCAGAUUUUGCAGAAUGCCUCAGACGCUGGCGUGCUUUCGGACAUUCUUCAAAUUCCGGUCGUACUUGAAGCAAUCGAGCUCACUGAUGUUCCAACCGACCAGGCAACGUCCAACACCACAACAACUUCCAACAACUUCACCACGACGGAAACGACUUUAUCCACCACCUUCGCGAGCACCACCACGUCAGACCCUAAUGCAACCACAGAGCCUGAGGAGGCCGUGCCAGAGGAUCCCACUGUUGCUUUGGUGCAAUCCAUCCUCAUCGGUGCAGUCGUGGGUGUUGCGGUGGGCAUUGUGAUGAUGGUGGUGGGCUAUUUUGUCAGAAGACGCUGGUACUCGAACACCGUUGCCACGGACGAGCCUGCAGAUGAAGCCUUGAAUCCCUGAGGAGCACCUGCACGUACCAUCACGUAGCACACUUCCUGACCUUUGCGCUUGAGCUGCUCCGUGUUUUUUUCAUGUGUAUUGUUCUCGUG